UGACACUUUGCUACUAUGUGUUACUCGUAUUGGUUUGCACGAGAGCUGAGCCUGGACACGCUCAUGGUUCGCUCCAUUAAAGGGACCCCUCUGUAUAUGUCUCCUGAGCUGGUCCUUGAGCGGCCAUACGACCAUCGCUCUGACCUUUGGGCCCUGGGCUGUAUCGUCUAUGAGCUGCUGGUGGGGACGCCUCCUUUCUACACACACAGCAUAUUCCAGCUGGUCAGCAUCAUCACCCAGCAGCCGGUGCGAUGGCCUCGGGGGGUCUCUGCUGAGCUAAAGGACUUUCUUCAGGGCCUCUUGACUAAGGAUCCUGUUCUGAGACUUUCUUGGCCUGGACUGCUGAGACAUCCCUUUAUUAAGGGGAAGGUGGUAGUGUUAGAAGAUGGUUCAGUCAGCAGCCCCUUCACCUCCUCGCUGACCGAUGAACAGCAGCAGCUCCGGGAUCGGCAGUGUGACGGCACUGCUCAGACCAGUGUGCACUCUCGCAUCCUAAGCAAAGCCAGACAGAGGGUGGCCAAGAGGAAGGAGAGGCAGGAGAGAGAAAUAAACGUGAUUCUGACCCAUGAGAUGGAGCUGAAAAAGACUGAAAAAGAGGAACCAAGAACAUCCCCGGUGCCCACAAGUAACCAAGUUUCUCAAAACUGUGGGCAAGAGUUCUGCCAAAACCGAAAAGAGCAUGGCAGCAUAGAGACCGUGCACCUAGAGAAUGAGGACAGUGACGAUGAAUGGUCUGUGUUGCUGGAAGCGACUGACCCCUCUGUCGCUCAGCUCAGUACUCCUUUUCUCCUCCUCAAGGAUCCCAAUUUCCGAAACAAAGUUCAUCGACGGUUGCGGGACUGCUACCCUCCGGCGUCGCUGGAGUCGGUAUCUCGCCUGCGGCCAGCACUUCGUGUCACAUGUAACCUCUUGUCCUCGGGAUGUGAUCCGCUUCUACUUUCGGACCUUUGUUUAGAUUUGCAGUUUCCUCAUUUCCUUCUACAGCUUAUAAAUCAGUCCCUGGAGGCCGAUGUGCAUCAGUGCUCCUGGGCCGACUCCUUCUUGGCCGACCUUUUUGCUCUUCUGGCUUCUUAUUAUGGGUUUUGGGGCCAUCCUGACUCCUCCAGGGAGCUGCAGGUGUGCUCCAGUGACUUCCUGCAGGUGCUGGAUGUGCUGCUGUGCCGCCCGGUGGGGUCACAUGACAUCUUACUGGCGCAGAGCUUACAGUGUUUAGUGACUCUUAGUGAGAGCGCCAACAAUGGACGCCCUAAAGACUGCGCUUCACUGUGCCAGAGUCUCCUGUCAACGCAGCUCCGUGUCCUGGACCAGAUCAUUGAGCGGUCACAGCCUCCAGCUGCUGAUGCAGUCUCUGCAGAGGAUGGCGGCGGUCCCUUUACUCGUGUCCUGGCUACUCUAUGCGACAUCCCCACGGCAGCUGCACUCCAGCCACUCCGAGAAGAGCUGUCUGUUUAUGUCUCUAAGCGUCUUCUCUGUAACUCGGCAGCACCCCUAUCUCAUCUUCUCACUGGUCUGGGGUGCUCUCCCUGCAUUGUGGACCGGCUUAAGGUUUUAUAUGCCUGCUGCCACGCCAGCCUGGAUGUGUGCCACCACCUGGCCACGGACUUGUCUGCUCUGCAGGAUCUUGUUGUCUUCUUCAGUGGAGAGGUCCAUCUAUGGGAGGUCUCUCAAGUCCAUGCUGCUGAGCUGUCUCUUCUAGUUAUCUCUCUACUUGUCCUCCGGCUGCAGUCUCUCCCAGAUGAGGUGUUGGUCUCCUCGGCAGCGCUAUCUCAUCUGCUCUCCUGUGAUGUCCCGUCCCUUGUGUCUGCUGCCUCCAUACUCACGGUUUCCCUUCAUGACUGUGGUGAAGCUAUUACGCUGUCACAUGACGUCCUCGUGUCCGCUGUAAGGAGAUCAUUGUCGCAGGCGCCUCCGAUGCUGUGUACGCCCCCUAUGGGCUCAGGACUGUAUGACUGGACCUUCCAACUCCUUCUCCAGCAGCUGAGCCAGGACUCUCUGCUGUUCCCUGUUGUGACUGAUGAGGACGCUCUCUUGUGGCGGGGUGUGUGUAUCCUGCUCCGGUUCUCCAGUGUACAUGCGCCGCUGGAAGGAGAGACUCCGCGAAAGGAUGAAAUCCUGACCCCACAAUGGAGGCUGCUGUCUGCGCGCGGUCUGGUGACGUUCCUGCACUUGGCGCUCAUCUCCUCGGUUCAGGACCCAAACCAUUUUCUUGGUCUUAUCGGGGACCCCGGGAGCCCUGUUCUUACUGCUCUAACCAGAUUGAUUCACCCUGGAUUCCUGGAUCAUGUGAUUGAGGU